AUGCUGUCUGUCGCUUCUCUUGGUGCUCUCAUCGCUUUGGUCUCCCCUGCUGUCGCACUUGCGGCACCGAGGGACACCGCACUCGCGUACCCAACUCCGGCGACCAUUGAAGGUGCCAAGUAUAUCCUGGACAUCAAUUCGACGUUGACCCACAAGCGUGGAUUGGAACAACGGGCGUGUGCGGACUAUGAUACCGCGGCUGUAGGGACCGGGAACGCGCUGCAGAGCUUGUACUACAACUCGGGAGGUUACUAUAACGGAGGCUCUGCAUGGACCGACGUCAAUGGUGUCGAGGAUCUGAUGAACCAAAUGUUGUACGAUCGUAGCACAACCUGGGAUGCGGUUCCCGAGGCUGUCAUCACUCACUACGAUGCGAUGUUCACUGAUAGCCCGAGUUACGACGACCUGGGAUGGGCAACACUCGCGUCCUGGAAGCAAUGCGAUUAUGUGAGCGCUCAUGGCGGUGACACCUCGGAGUGCACGAAUCGCGCAUUGAAGUACUACAACCUUGUAGUUGGGGCUUGGGAUUCGACUUGUGGCGGUGGAGUGUGGUGGAACGGCAACAAGGACUAUAAGAACGCCAUUACGAACGAACUCUUCUUGUACACUAGUGCAAUCGGUUACAUCAGGACUGGGCAGUCGGCUUUGUUGAGUAACGCACAACUCGUACUGAACUCAACGAACAUGCGUAACUCGGAGGGCUUGUACAACGACGGCCUCACUACUUCCACCUGCUCCAACAACGGCCAGACCACAUGGACGUACAACCAGAUCGUUGUCGCGUCUGGCCUUUCUGCUCUCUACGCAGCCACCGGCGACAGCAGCCUGCUUGAUGUUGCCCAGGUCUCCAUCGACGCCACCAUUGCCCACAUGGAGAGCAACAACAUCCUCAAGGAAUCGUGCGAUGAUGCCUCAGGUGCCACCGAGUGCGAUGCUGACCAGCAAAUCUUCAAGGGCAUUUUCAUGAAGCACCUCCAAUACUUCCUCGACACUGCUAACAACGCGGCCAUCACGAGCAAGUAUGCCGGUUUCAUCAACGCACAAGCUUCUGGUAUCGUGCACUACGCCACUGGUGCCGGCUACACGGUCGGCAGUGUGUGGUACGCCUCCAACGCUGGUGGCUCUGAGUUCACUCCCAAAUCUCAGUCGAGUGGAAUGGCUGGGCUUGUUUCUGCCGCGAAGUACGCUAACUGCUAA